CCCUUUUCCUUCCCCUUCCAUCCCCUUCCAUCCCCUCCUCUUUCAUCCCUUCCCCUCCAUCCCCUCCCCUUCCAUCCCUUCCCCGCUCAGCGCUGUGCGGCUCUGCAAGCGCCUGGGCUCGCACCCAAGCAAACGAAGGGAGCCGAGCGGAGCCGAUUCCUGCCGAGCGCAGCCGAGUCCUGCCGAGUGGAGCCGAGUCUGGUCGAGAGUCGCCGAGCCGAGAGGAGCCGAACGCAGCCGAGCCCCGCCGCGAGGAGCCGAACGCCGCCGAAGGGAGCCGAACGCCGCCGAAGGGAGCCGAACCCGGCCGGGGCCUCAGGUUUUUGGCCAUGACAGAGGCGGUGAGACCAGUGACCAAGCGCAUCCUGGUGACAGGUGGCACCGGCUUGGUAGGCAAAGCCAUUGAGAAGGUGGUGGCUGAUGGAGAAGGGCAACCAGAUGAGGAGUGGAUCUUUGUGUCCUCCAAAGAUGCCGACUUGACGAGCGCUGUGGAGACCAAAAUGCUGUUUGAGCGGCACAAGCCCACCCACGUCAUCCACCUGGCCGCCAUGGUUGGGGGCCUCUUCAAAAAUAUCCGCUACAACUUGGAUUUUUGGAGGAGAAACAUCCAUAUCAACGACAACGUCCUGCACUCAGCAUACGAGACAGGGGUGCAGAAGGUGGUCUCCUGCCUCUCCACCUGCAUUUUCCCAGACAAGACAACGUACCCCAUUGACGAGAGCAUGAUUCACAACGGGCCACCUCACAGCUCCAACUUCGGCUACUCCUACGCCAAGAGGAUGAUUGACAUCCAGAAUAGGGCCUACUUCGAGCAGCACGGCUGCCGUUUCACCGCUGUCAUCCCCACCAAUGUCUUCGGGCCACAUGACAACUUCAACAUUGAGGAUGGCCACGUCUUGCCAGGGCUCAUCCAUAAGGUCUACCUGGCCAAACAGGCCGGCUCUGCUCUGACCAUCUGGGGCACAGGCAAGCCCAGAAGACAGUUCAUCUACUCCCUGGACUUGGCCCGUCUCUUCAUUUGGGUCCUGCGGGAAUACAAUGAGGUAGAGCCCAUCAUUUUGUCAGUGGGAGAAGAUGAUGAAGUCUCCAUCAGGGAGGCAGCAGAGGCGAUUGUGGAGGCCAUGGACUUCAGGGGAGAGCUCGUUUUUGACACCACCAAGGCAGACGGCCAGUUCAAGAAGACGGCCAGCAAUGCCAAGCUCCAGCGCUACCUGCCUGGCUUCCAGUUCACACCCUUCAGGCAAGCUGUGAAGGAGACCUGCACCUGGUUCAGCGCCAACUACGCCAAUGCUAGGAAGUAAUGGGGCCACCGCAGCACCAGGACCGGCCUCACCUGGCACCGGCAUCAUCUUCGACUCAGGGUUGUCCUUUGCAGGGGCAGAGGACAGGGCUGGGGUGGCAACAGUGACAUUUCCAAAGUAAAGGGGGUCCUGAUCCCUUUGAGCAGCCUCCACAUUCCUGCCUUCUUCUCAGGAUGCCCAUGCGGGUGGAAGGUUGGGACAUCCUGAAGGUUCUGGGACCCCAGACUAGUUGGGAGCCACCAACUGGAGCCACCACCUUGGCUACACAUAGGAAGUUGGUGGCUUCUGCUGAGCUGUAAUGGGCUACGCUGCUGGUUGUUGGAGGAACAGCAGGUAGACUUUUGGUGGUGGCUUCAGCACAUCAGGAUGGUCCCAAAGCCAACCCUGCUGGGACCAGAACAGGGAAGGCUCCA